CGUUUCCCGCUGAAAGGGACCGGCUCCUUUCCGACCUCCCCCGCUCCCUUCCUUCCUCCUCCUCCUCCGCCUCCUGCGCUGCCGAGGCUGCCGCCUCUCCCCGGAGCCCCCGCCGGAGUGAUGGGCUGCAUCGGAUCCCGCACCGUGGGAAACGAGGUGAUUGCAGUAGACUGGAAGGGACUGAAAGAUGUGGACCAAAUCAAUAUGGACAGCACCAGUUCACUGCAUGGCAGCAGCUUCCACCGACCUUCCACCGAGCAAACACGGACAGAUUUCUCCUGGGAUGGUAUCAAUCUCUCCAUGGAAGAUACGACCUCCAUCCUCCCCAAGCUGAAACGCAACUCCAAUGCUUAUGGGAUUGGGGCUUUGGCUAAGUCAUCUUUCUCUGGGAUAUCUCGCAGCAUGAAGGACCACGUCACAAAGCCAACGGCCAUGGGCCAAGGCCGUGUGGCUCACAUGAUUGAAUGGCAAGGCUGGGGCAAAGGAAACAGCCAGCAGCAGCAGCACACGCAUGAGACGGCACGCAAAGACGCCGAUGCCUACUCAGACCUGAGCGAUGGUGAAAAGGAGGCCCGGUUCCUUGCAGGAGUGAUGGAGCAAUUCGCUAUUUCUGAGGCAACUCUCAUGGCCUGGUCCUCCAUGGAUGGUGAGGAUGUGAGUGUAAACUCAAAUCAGGAGAACCCAGCAGGCAACUACUCCGAGAACUAUCAGGAGCUAAUGGAGAGCCAAGAGCAUAUGGCCCAGACGCAGUAUGAUAGCUGGCCUCAUUCCUACGUCUCGCAGGGCAUGUAUUGCUUAGGUUCAUCCGACGCCUGGGAGACCAGUGACCAGUCCCUCAUCGCUUCCCCAGCAACCGGCUCCUACCUAGGCCAGAAUUUUGAUGAGUCCCAGACAAACCUUCAGGAGAGCAUUUUGAUUCAGAGCAGCCUUCUGCAGCAGCAACAGCUGCAGCAGCAGCGGCAGGAGCAGAACUUCAUCCAGAGCACGGGGCUGGUCCACGUGUGGCCCCUGCAGACUGCUCAGGGCGGGGCUGGGGCUGAGUCCAGCACGUACCUGGAGGACCACAUUGAGGAGGAAGGGAACCCGCGGCUGGAGAAGGCUCCUCUCCUAAACAAGAAGCCCUCUCCAGAGGAGGAUGAUGCAGUGUGCCGGGACCUGGAAUCACUGUCUCCUCGAGAGGAGAUGGAACACGCUGCACUGAGCCGCAAAGUCUCAGAUGUCACCUCCUCUGGGGUGCAGUCCUUUGAUGAGGAAGAGGGAGAAGCAAACAACUGAUGCUUUCUGUGAAGUUCUCGUCACUGCUGAACAAAGAGAGGGGUGGCAAGGAAUGAAAUUACAGGGAUUCUUCUCUCCAGCUCCCCGUCCUUCUGAGCAGACACACCUUCCAUUCCUGACAUUUAAUUAUUUUUUUAAACAAGAGGAAAAUCUCAAAGGGAUUGACACAUGAAGACCUCUUCUUUCCCUCCACCAUGGACACAUAUUUUUGAUUUUCGUUGCUCAGGGCACCACAUGUGAGGUGCUUGGAGAGAUCUGGAUUGGUAAAUCAUUUCUAAAUCUUUUUAAUACAAAGUCUUGGCUGUGGAUACAAACUCUUCUGGUACUGGGGAUGUGGCUGAUGAGACAGGCUUGGUAUAGGGAGCGGCUAUGUGGCUAGAAUCCAUCUUGGCAGAAUGGAUGUUGCUCUGUGGACAUGGUCCCCUUUGAUAGAAUAUAUGAAUAUAAACUGGUUUAAAAUGAAGAUAUGGCUUUACAAAUAUAGAUUGCACUUGUAUUGUGAUCGUGGCUGAUACAGAGGAUAAGGCUGUAUUUGAUACAGACUGUACUGAGAUGAAAGAUUCGCUGUGUAACCAGAUCCUCAAUAGCACCUUGAUAUGAAAUUGUAGGCUCGAUGGAUACAAGCUGCGCUCUGUGGGGACGGGCUGUGCUGCAAUACAGAUGGUGUGGCUCUGUGGGCAUGGCUCUGCUGUGGCAUGGAAGAAUGGAUGCAGAUACGAAUCUAACCCUGCUCUCAGAUAUUCAUGCUUUGGUCUCUUUCUAAAUCUUUCAUUUAUUUGUUUCUCUCUGACAUUUCUACCUUCCCAGGAGCUGGCAGGAGUGGUGUGUCCUUUUGGCAUCAGGUACUGGAUGCCAGUGGAAAGGACAUUUUCAGCUACAGAGACAGUCAUAAAAAGCUGACUCUUGCAGGGGGCUUGAGAGCAUGUCCAUCUUGGUGCUGCUGCUGUAUCCUUCUGUUUUUUCCCUUGCCAGCAGUAUGGGGAGACCCAGAGAGUAGGCAGCAGAACCAGGAACAGUGUGUACAGCUAUGAGAUGACAGAUAUCCAAUUUACAUUGGAGUUUUCCGUUUUUGCUUUUUUUAACGUUUUUAUAUUGCUGGGUAAGUGUUCCUAACAAAGCAGUUAAUAGUGGGAAAGGCCUGUACUCCAGUCAUCACUUAACAGAAAUACUGCACCUUUCCCAUUUCUGCCACUCCUUCUGCAGUGCCAAAUGUAGCUGGAGGAAGAGGGGUGAGAGGGAGUUUUCUCCUCCUAUUUAUUUCUUCCUCCUGCCUAUAUUUUCUUCUUUUGUUUUCCUACCCCCAAGCAAUGUAAAUAAUGCUCGGUACUUGGUCUGUCUGUUUUUCCCUCCCAUCUCUUUUCUAGGAGUGGAGAAAGCUAAUUUCAGGAGUUUUCCCUAUUUGUACGGGUUCUAUAUUUUUUUUGUUAAAAAAAUAUGGUUCAUUGACUAGGGGGAAUUCGGUCUCUUGCAAUUCCUCACCAUGUUUUUACAGACCUCCUUUUGGGAGGGGGAGGGGCUUUGAAAGGAAAUUGAAAAAACUGUCUCCUUUUGCACUCUCACCAGAAAAUAAACAGGGGCAAAAGCAAAAGAAAAAAUUGCACAAGGCUAUCAAUUUUGCUGGAGGACUGAACAGAACCAGCAGAGAUGACCCAAGUGCUGAGUUUUAAUUGCAACACCUCUUGCAAGGAAGCAUCAGCAAAGCAUGGGUUUAGAUCAGAUGCUAGAUCUGAUGAGCUAGAGAAAGGAAUUUGCCUGGACACUGCCAUACUGUUCCAGGGGCAACUCUUUCUCACUUACUCUGACUCAUAUCUGCUCCGUCUACAUUUGUCUCUUCUUCGCCUCCUCUUCAGGCUUGGUGUAUUUUUUGGAUGACAGGAGAGUGAUACAUGUUCCUUUCCUGAUUCAGGUUUAGUCCCCGCAUGUUUGCAGGGAAGAACGGCUGAGGAGAAUAAAAUGUGACUGAAGUAAUAUCAUCAAGUGUCAGAGUUCAGACAGCUCCUGGCAAGCAAAGCAGAUGAUGUCCAAGAAUUAUGAAAAGUACGAAUGGGACUCUCAGGUAGAACUUGACCCCACUCAGCUUUCUCCCACUUACACAGGCAGCUGCAUGAAGAGGGUCUCCUCUAUGAACGCCCAAGUCUUUCCAGCCAAGUCCACUUCAAGCGGAUCUGUCUUCCCUCUCCAUUACACCUCUAAAGGAAAGACCUUUGGGAUAUUUAAGUAAGACUGGUAAUUUGGUGUAGGUAAGAGAUAAAAGUUUUUGUGACCACCUUUUUUUACCCAUUUGCUUGGGCUUGCUUACAUCUCUCUAAGGAGGUAGCUCUUCUCCUGAAUGAUGACCUUUCAAUAUCUCUUUAAAGAUGUUUACACAUUCAGGUGCUAACCUCCCCCGGGCAGGAGGGCUUGAUAAAGAUGAUCUCCUACAGUUCUUGCAGGGCCAGUGCUAGCUCAUUGUCCUGAACUGCUUUGGGUCUAGCCAUGGAGCAGGGCCUAGGAAAUCACACUAGCCAGAACAGGGAGACUGGGCAAGUGCCAAGGGCACCUCAGCAGAUGACAAACGAGUAAGUGUUAACCUUUUCUUAUUGCUUUUUUAAAAAGCCUUCAGGGAAACAAAAAUUGUCGGGUAUGUUCCUUUGUGGGAGAAGACUUGGGUAGCUUGUUGCUUUUUUCUCCAAACCAUUUUGUUCCCGCGUGCCUCUCCAGGACCAAUCUGGAUGUUUACGGUAACUUUCAGAGUAGCUUCUAAUGAUCCUUCUGUGUUGUUUACAGGAUUGGGACAAGCGGGUCAACUUGUCCAGGGCUUCUUUUUCUUUUAAUGUGGACAUGCGGUACAUUUACUAAGCUGUCUGACUGAUUUCUAAAAGAUGUACAUUAUCUCCAUGCAAGGCAGUGACAGAAAAUUAUCUAUGUGGGAAAAAGUGUGAAAAAAAAUUGACCUUAUAGAAAAAUCUAUGGAGUUCAAUAGGAAGAGAAAACCUAUCUGUAGAGUUUUCUAACCUCUGUGGAAUGGCAUAGAGAAUUAUACCCUGCUGUAUAAUUCCAUAACCUGAUCUCUAGAAACCUGUAGAUAGACCCUCAUCCCCUGUGGAUUCAGACUGGUUUGAACACUACUCUCUAUAAAAACUUUCAAGCUUGCUAAAUUCUAUAAAUUUUUUUCAUAAAGGCCUCGACUUUCUGUGAAUAAUAAAAUUUCAGCCUUUUUCUGGGGAAAAAGAAAAAAGAAAAAGAAAAAGGCUGUUUUCCGUGAUCUCUCCACAGUCCAAAAGAGAAAUGUAUCUACAUUUGCUAGGAGCUUGACUGGAGAGAGCAGGUCUGCCCAUCCACACUUGCUACCUGAGUGAGCAUCCUGAGCUGAACUGGAAAGGCAGUUUGAAUCUCUUUGAAAAUGGAAAAUGAUUUGUAUAACCUGGCCUUUUCUUAUGUAACAGGCCUGCUGCUUGUGUGUAUCCAAUAUCAGAGAGGGGGACCUGGAACCUACUGUACAUUUCCCAGAAAAGCUGUUAUUAUGUAGCUACACCUAUUCAAGCAUAUGGAAGGCACAGGUGCUCCGUGAGCAAAAUUUGGCCUGCAGUUCCUUUAUCCUGGUGAGGAGGGAUGAGUUGGAGAGAGUCCAGCCAAAUACUCAGAGCCCAAAUUGAAUCUGUGAGGCUGAAAAUAAGAAGGAAAGGUAAGCUCAGUAUCCCUGAUCUACAGUUACUAAGAAACUGAGCCCUACUGUUCAUUUACACAAACCCUUUGUAAAGCAGAGCUGCACUGCAUAAAAAUUUGGGAUUUUCUUGAAGCAGCUGAGGUAGAAGAUUCCCAUCUUUCCCCCCAAGCCUUUGUCUUCAGCAGGAACUCAUUGGAAUUAUUGUGCUGAACACGAAGGAAGGCUUAAACACAAGUGUCCCUAAUUGAAAAAGAUCUCAGAUUCCCCUGCAAGAAAAUUCUCUCUUGUUCCUUUUCCCAUGAUUGCUCAUAUCUGAUCAGUUACGCUAUUUCAUAAGGGUUUUUUUUUUAUAGAAGUCUUAAGCUUUCUUUACGAGCCUUGUGAGUUCUCUUCAACUCCAUUACCUCAGGCUCUGGGAUGGAGAAGUCAAUCUGCUUCUUUCAGUUACUGUGCCUCUAAAUCAUCUUAUUCUGGAAAGCUGCUGACAAGUCACCCACUUGCUUUUCCCCCCUUAAAAACUUUAACAUCACCUUUCAUGAUAGGCUUGCAGCAGAAAACCAUACCUCUAAGUUUAACCAUACCUCUAAGCUGAUGGAAUGGUGAGCUGCUGUGGAGGAGGCAGCCCUCUGCCCUGACUGUGCUCACCUCCCACAAGCCUCGUGCUGAUGCACAGCUGACCCCGUAGCAAGCCACUGCACUUUUAUCCUACUACAAAAGUGAAGCGGGAACAGCUGUGAGCAGAGGGGGAGAGAGAGCACUAUUCUCAGCAGCUGGCCUUUAUAUCAGGUUAGGGAAAUUGGGAAAGUGCACUUUGAAAUGGCAUCCUCAUGAUGAUUCUAAGCUGCUAAAAGGAGCUGUCAUGCCUCCUCCCUUCCAUCACCACCAGCUGUUUACUUCUACUGCCUAAGAAGCACCAGUGCUAACAGUCAUUUGGCUGCCCAGGAACUGGCCCCAUUGAAAACUAACCCUGUCCCCUAUCAAAAUAAGGGUUUCAGUGGGAUCAGCUCCUUGUAUUGUUUCACUUGGUGAGGCAAGCAUCACUGAGGGCUGGUGAAAUGUGUGGAUGGUCAUGUUGAAGACUAUUUCUUUGGUUGCAUAUGCAACUUAAAUUGGCUUAAGCUGAUUGUGGAAUAUCUGUCUGAGAAGAAUAAAGCCAGCUGAGGUACCAGUGAGGACAUUUUCCCCCCUUCCUUCCCUAGUGUUUUCCCUAGAAUUUCUAGUAUGCUCUUACCUGAUUUGGUCUUUGUUGUUAUUUAAUGCCCUGUUAUUUCCCUUACUCUUCCCUCCUCUUUCACAGGCUCCUUUGAGAUAAACCCUUGCAAUCGGGCAGGAGGAGAUGAGUAACUUGAUAUACGCAUGGAAUUAAUAAAAUUAACAUGCACGAAUCUCGUAUGCGCUCAGUGAUUAGACUCCAUGGCAGCUAAAGAUACUGAUAAGUCUUCUGUAAUUGCAAGAGGCAGAGCCUUGUGCAGGAAUGAAGCACAGCUGUUGGAGGUGAGGUUUAUCCCUAUCUUUUAGCCAGUUCCAAUCUAGUGUGAGAUCCAGAAUGGCACUUCACACCUAGGCAGAGUCUGUGCGUGAUGUACUGUGUACAACAACAACUAAAAAAAUCUUAGUUGUAGGCCCAGAGAAGAGACCUGGAGAAAAGGAAACUGUUCUCUUCAUUUGACAGAGGUAUGAGGUAUGGUGGUGAGUCAAGGUAGUGUGCAACAGUACGGGCUUGUGGACAACUAUGGGUGCUCUGUGCAAUAGCAAGGAGAAAUCUAGCCAGAGAGGGAAAGACAUUGAGAGAGAGGCUUGGGAAAAGAUCAGGAGAGGUUUGACAUCUUAUGUUUGCACAACACAGGUAGGAAGCUUCAUGGCGGACUCCAGGCAGAAUGGGCUCAGGUGCAGAAUUGCUACACAAGCUGUAGCUCCAGGAUUGGUGCAGCUUAUGGUACUCCUUAGUCCAAGCCACACUUCUUUCUGUAAGUCAGAGUGACAGGAAAGAGACCUCCCUGAAUUUGGGCCCCUACUGGCUUCUUUUUUCCUCAUCUGUGAAAAACAGUUCACAAUAUGCUUAAUUCUUCAGGGGAGUCAUAUAGGAAAUACAACAAGUAAGAACUUAGUCAUUGUCCAAAUGAAGUUAAUGUGAGUUCUGUUCUCACUGGAAACCCAAAAUAUCUAAAUUUAGCUCAGUUUGCCUUAACUGUUGUAUUGGUAAUUGCCUAGGAGGAGAAACAAACUAAAAUAAAUCCACCCCUAAAUAUUGUAGAGAGCAGAGCAAUGUUGGCAUAGUUUAAGCUCUUCCUUCUAAUUUCUCCCAGAUGGAAUUUCCCAUGUUCCUUGUUCAGACAACUCUAAACAAUCUGGCAUUUCCCUUAUACUAACUCUUUGGCUUUUUCCAAAAGAAAAGGAAAAGAAAGGAAAGAUUCUUUGGUUCUCCUCCCCUGUAGCAAUCUGACAGGGAAAGUUUUCUAUGCCAUGGCUCAGGGAAGGGAAAAAUAAACAGGGAAAAUGUGAGUAAAGUAGUGCCUAUUAGAACUAAAUGUAUGUGUAGGACGGCCUACAGUCAGUAAAGCACAGUCUCGAAUAUGAAUGCAAGCUGUAAAGUCAAUGUCAGGUGCCUCUUUCGUACCAUAGGCUUUUCCCAGGCUCAGUAGUAGUGAACCUGCACAGGAGCAGAAGAGAACAGCUGGACAUCUGUGCCAGAUCAAUGUCUCUCUGGCUCAGAACAUGUCAUGGAGCCUGGGCAAGACUGUUGGGGACACUAUGCUCUCUCAGCAGCACAGCCAGGUUCAUUAAUUGGCUGGGGUAGGGAUGAAGACAAAUGAUUAUUAUGUUAACAAAUGGACAUGGAAGAUAUUAGAACAUUAGGGUCAAUUUACAUCCUCGCACUGACUUUUUUCCCCAGCAUAGGCAGAACAAAGUGUUAUCUUUUCCUUGGAAAUCAAGAGAAGCUCUAUGAUUGUCAGCGUUGGUCUGCGCAAAAGAAAAUAAAUGUGAUAUAUUUUUCCAGUGCAGAUACACAUUGUUGGAAGAGGAAAAAUUUAGUCAGGCUGUCACUCUCUCAGAAAGAGUAUGUUUACCAAAACUGUAAAGACUUGUUCAAGGAUGUUCUCAGUGCGGGUAUUGCAGAAUCAGAAUGGUUUGGGUUGGAAGGGACCUUAAAGAUCAUCUAGUUCCAACCCCCCCUGCCAUGGGCAGGACUUAACUACUGAUGAGCAGUAGCUGCUGUCUUCUGGGAAGAGAGGGAUUGCAGUGUUCUGUGGAAAGAAUGCUACUGAGGAUCUUCCUCAUCUCCUUUGACUGGGGACAUUUUAAAUGCCCUCUGAAACCUAGUCUUGUUUUUCCUUUCCCAUAAGGGAUCAAAUGUCCAUGCUAGCAAGACAAAAACAUCUAAAAAGGCUUUUCUCCAUUAUGGAGACAAGAUCAUGCACCAAGAUUUACUUCUAAUAAGAUAAAGGCAUCUAGUCUAGAUUCACUGGCCUUCUGGAUUCAUUUUCAUUGGGCAUGAAAUCCAGUCAUGAGUUGGAGGUCAAAAGGUUAAGAACCCUCUUCCAGAGCUCUGCCAAGUUCCCAUGAGGCAAGUACAGGUGGGCUUCCCUUCUUUUCAGAUACUGCAUGUGUGAGCAAUGUAGCAAGCCAAAAGCUCUUUUGCAGGUAUAUAUUCUUGUUUGGCUUCAAUUUUUCUUCUCUGAUUUGUGGAUGUUGUGCAUGAUUGGAGGUCUCUGGGAAUCCCUACACUAUAAAACUGGGACUCAAAAGUAAUUUUACAGGGAACAGGAUUUCUCUUGUUCCAGCUUUUUUCAGAGAUGGGAGGGUACAGACUGAGGAUUUGGGAGGUACAAGGGUGGUGGAUGGGAGUCUCAGGGGUGGCAUGCGGAAUGGAGUCCUGAAGCAUGUUUAAAAGUAACUAAAGGCUUGGGUCUUCAAAUGUUGUAUUCUCAGUAUCUGAAACUGCUUUAGCAUAAGCGUAUGGGACAAUGGAGGUUGCCGCAAAGCAAUUUUAAAGAGCUUCCCCCAAGCCUGUACGCAUUUUCAUUAGGGGGGAGGCUGCAUGGUGAUUAUAUGUGUUCUUUCAAGCUAGUGUUUACAGAGGUGCAUUGAUGUUUGGGGGGAAGGUACUGAAUGGAAGUAAAACAAAAAGGGAAAGGGACCCACUACUGAAAGCUUUCAUCCUUACCUUGUCCCACACUAGCCCUUAAUAAGUCUGAUUUGCCUUUGGUCUUCCAGCUCCAAAACAUGUUUGCCUGAAAAUUUUUGUUGGAUAUACUUCGCAUGUUUUGAUAAUGUGACUUAUGAGAUAACACUUCUACAAAGAUAUAUAUAAAUACAUACAUGUACAACCACAUACAUACAUGUACACACACUACAUAUAGACUUAGGAAACUAUAUGGCACUAUACACCUCCAUGCCUGUAUGUGGCAGCAACCACAGUAAAGGAGGGGAGGUAGCUCAAAAUAGCAUGUACAGUCCUUUAUGGAGUUGUUAUUAAACAGAAUGUGGUCUUGCCGUC